AGCUGUGGGAGGAUCCGGCUGAGCCCGCAGACGCCCCCUCCGCCUCGCCUCGCCUGUCUCUGUCCGCGGUCCCGGGCUCCCGUGGUGGCCGGAGAGGCGGGGCGGGGUCCCCUGGCGUUGCCGGGCGUCCCCCUGGGGAGCUUCCCUGGGCCCUGGGUCUUCACGGAGUGUCAUCCUGAGACCCGGGUUCCUGGAGUCCCCGGUGCCCACCGGAGACCAGAUUUCCUUGCUUACCUGCUAGUGUCGCCCUCAGCCCGUCGCCCCUCCUCUUGUCUACAUAGAGAGAGGUAAAUUGGCAAGAUGAAGAGCAGCAAGUCAAAAGAGGUGCCUUUACCAAAUCCAAGAAGCUCUCAAAGCAAGGACACUGUUCAAGUAGAUACAACUACAUCAUGGGAUGCACUUUCUCAGACCAAGGCUGCUCUAAGACACAUUGAGAACAAAUUAGAAGUAACUCCUACAAGUACAGCUGUAAUUGAUUCUGUGAUGGAUGCUAAGAAAUCUGCAAGUGCUACUCGAAAAAUAAGUAGGAAAGAUGGUCGAUACCUAGAUGAUUCUUGGGUCAGCUCUCCAACUUCCAAACCUUCUAAACCACGAAAAGAGAAAUCUCGCAGUCCUCUCAGAGCUACCACCCUAGAAAGUAAUGUUAGGAGAAACAAUCGUGUGGAAUUUCGUGAACCUUUGGUUUCUUACAGGUUAGUAUUGGGGGAAAAAUGUUAGCGACUAGCAUUGGCCUGUAACAAUUACAGUAGGAUUAUGAUUAAUUUUCUCAGUUUUUCAUACUACUAUGAAAUGGCAUUAGUUAGCAUUCCACUGCUGUGACCAAAUGGCAGAUAAGAAGUAACCUAAGGGAGGAAAGGUUUAUUUGAUUUAGAGUUUAGUCAGGAAUAUAGUCCAUUAUGGCAGGGUAGGCAUGGCAGCAGGACCAUGAGGCUGUUGGUCAACUUGUGUCUGCAGUAAGAAAGCAGAGAGAACAGGAAAU